AAUGGCGGUGUAGGAUUUGCGGAACUCUGCAGUGCAGUGAAGGAAGACGAGGAACAUGAACACGACGACGAAGACGAAGACGACGAAGACGGCGACGGCGACGGCGACGAAGAAGAAACAGAGCAAGGAAAACAACAGAGAGAAAGGAAGGCUACAAUGCCAGAGAUGAUGCAGCUGGCGAUGUCAGGCUUGCGGGAGUGGGGCGACAGCGAUAGAGGAGAGGAAUGAGGGACGCCAGGCUAGGAGGAGGCUGCAUCCCCACAUUCCUUGUCCCGCGAGCUGCAGUUGCCGCAGUCCAGCACUCGCACGCUUGGCAGGCAGGCAGACAUUCGUUUGACCUAGUGCUGCUCUGAUUACUGCUUAUCCCGUUCCGUGACGUAGCUCUACUGUUUGUGUUCCUCUCAAUUUCCGAGUCCUGACUCAGGCCUUGGGAACGACUGGCUGCUCACGGUGUGAUGAUACCACGCUGCGGAUCCGCGCACAUUCUCGUUGCCAGUAUCCAUUGAGAAGUGAUUUCGGCCUGUGAUGGGAUUUGUGGUAGUGAGUGAGCGAGUGAGUGAGUGUCUGUGUGUGAGUGAUUGAGUGAGCAAUCGUCGUGUGUUAGAUGGAUGGGUGAUAUUUGUCUACUGCAAGUGGAGUGCAGGGGAUUCUGGGGUCGGGAGCCAGUGGUUUCGGCGUGCGGAGCUAAAUGGUCUUUUUUUGGGUGCGUAUGUCACGUCUGGGACCUGCAGUGGGGGUGGGUGGCGCUGUCAGGAUGUUGCCAAAGUUGGGUUGCGGAAUCCGGGUGUUUUCCGUACUCGCAUAGCGGGCUCCCCGGCAGUUUUGUUUCUUUUUCGCCUUCGACGGUAGGGGAGAUCUGUUCAUAGUUCUUCCAUAAGCGGAGGAACCUUUGCCUCGCUGUUUGAUGCACCGGUGAUCAGUCCCCACGCCCAAGUUUUGCUAUCUCUGCAAGAAAGACCCUUUGCUUUUUUUCUUUUUCUUCUGCAGACGCUGUUUGAUUCCACGCUUUUCUCGUGUGCGAGGUUUUUGCGCUUGAAGUUCUCAUUCUAAAUCUCUCAUUAGCCACUCACGUUCAUUUUUUUUCCUGCCCCCGAGAUUUCUUCUCGUCGGGGGUUGAAUUUGAUCGUAGGACUGAUAUGGUGUAAGCUUUAGUCUUCCGUGUAUUUGUCCAAGCAACCUCUCAACAUCCCUGCUUUUUCACGACAUGUCGGCUCUUGAUUUCGUUGCAUCGAGAGCCCGCCAGCAAGAGAGUUAAUAUCUAAAGCGGCAUUCUUGGAUUUUAAGGGCUUGCUCUUUUAUUUUCCGAAAGGGAGAUACUGUCCAGCUAGGUCAACCGUUUCAGUGCUAGUUGAGGAUCUAUUAUCGUAUGGGGAGUUUCAUGAGGAGCCUAAUUCAACCUUAGCCUUAGGUGAAUCUGUUGCUCUCUCUGCCUAAAGGCCGAUGUUAAGGCUUUUUCAAUAUUGGGUACACGAUGCAAAACAUGUCUGUGCUUUCGGUAUUGUUCCAUUAAGAGUGCGAUCCUGAGGGGAAGAGCCCUGACUUCUGGCGCAGCUGCAAUGGAACCCACUAGUGAUGUGACCACUCACUAGGCUUCAAGGGAUUGAUUUCUAGGAUGUUUAGGAUUAGGGUUGUCCUCGCUGGGCCUGAAUCUCUUUCCUACUUCCAGCUGAAUGUGAAGCGAGCGAAGCAGACGUGACUUGCGUGGAGUAGUGUAGUGAAGAUUGAUACCAUAGCGAAGUCUGAGCCAGAGGGACGAGGUAAUGGGGACAUUGACUUUGCCACCCUAUUUUAAUCUUCAAGAGGACUGCAAAGAUCUACGAUCAUCAUUCAAAGGUCUUGGAUGCAAUGAGAAAAGAGUUAUUGAAAUUUUGGCAAGAAGAACGCAGGCGCAACGACUUGAGAUUGCACAGGCAUAUCAAACAGUAUACGGGGAGAGCUUGCACAAGCGGCUCAAGUCAGCCUUCAGUGGCAAGCUUGAGAAAUGUAUACUGCUGUGGAUGAUGGACUCAGCUGAGCGUGACGCCAUACUCUUAUAUGAACUGAUGAAAGUAGGAGGGAGAAAGGCUGACCGUGCUUUCAUUGGGAUAGUGUGUACGCGCAAUUCAGCACAAAUUUACUUGAUCAAGCAAGCAUAUUAUACUAUGUUUAAUCAAACUCUAGAAAAUCACAUCGAUGGAACGGAUUCACAUUUCAUGGAGUUUCAGACCAAGAAUAAAUGGGCGUUUUGGCGUAGUGGCGAAUCUAAAGUCAAGGAAGUUCCCAAACGACUAGUUGGUGUCACAAAACUUAUGUUGGCACUGGUCCGUGGCAAUCGGCCCGAGAACACCAGCGUGGACAGGCACAUUGCUUUGAAUGAUGCACACCAAUUAAAUAAGGUAUUUACUGGGAAAGUUGGUGACGAGGACACUUUGAUCCGCAUUUUUUGCACUCGGAGCGCGCAGCAGCUUACGGCUACAUUGAACUACUACCAUCAGCAUUACGGUCACGAUUUUGAGGAGUCCUUGAUUAACGAAAAUUCUGGGGAUUUUGAACAAGCUCUACGAUACACAGUGAUGUGUUUCCGCCAGCCGGCAAAAUUUUAUGCGGAGGAAUUACACACUGCAUUGGGAGGAGCAGGAACAGACGAUGAUGCGUUGAUUCGAGUAAUUACAACUCGAGCUGAAGUGGAUAUGCAAUACAUCAAGUUGGAGUUUGCGAAUGAAUGCAAGAGAUCACUGGAAGAGAUGAUUGCGAAUGAUACAAUCGGAAAUUAUCGAUACUUCCUUCUCACUCUUGUUGGACCUGGAGACCUUGGUCUUUUCAGCCCUAGAACGUCCAACGCCUCGGCAUCUUAUUACAGUCCUAGAACUUCCAAUGGCUCGGCCUCUCGCCAGCCAUCCACAGGCUCGCAAAAUGGUUCAGCUUCAUACUACAGUCCAAGGUCGAGUGGCCAAGGGUCGUUUCAGAUGUAACCCACUCAGCAAACCGUUCCUUUUUUACUUGGCAACAGGUGUAAAGCAUGAGGUUUUAGAUUCAUGUUUAAAGGUCAGGUGAAUAGCUUCUUUCUUUCGGCUAGCUCACUCUGAAGCGUAUGACUUAUUGUACUGAGGGAGCAUUUGUAUCCUGAGUUGUACAUUGCCAUCCUGCUCUCCUCAAUGCACACCAUGUGCGUAAACUGUCAAAGAGCUGAAGAGGCACUUUCUUACAGAGUAGUUGACAGCAGUUGCCAAUCCUUUAGAUAAGAAAAAGUAUUGAAAUUGUAAGAAUUGAUACUGGUGAUUAUUCUUUUGUGUUAAAUUUUUGGUUUGAGGGAAUUUUUUGUUCA